CGUGGAUAUUUUCAACUCACCCCCUCGGAGAAUCCCCCUCGCCAUAUCUCGUCCCCGCGUUCCCUCGUCGCAUCGCCGAGCUCCGAAGAUCGUCGGUGCGCGAUUUGUUUCGUGUUUGAUCGGUAUUUGAUGAAUUUGUGGUGCUGAUUUCAGAUUUUGAUGCCGCGAUGAGCUCCGGGAGGGGCAAAGGGAUCUUCGAUGGGCUCCCGAUCCCUGCGGAUAAGUCCUACUUAAGAGAAGGACUUUCUAGGAUAGAUGAAAGCUGGGCGGCUGCUCGUUUUGAUUCUUUACCUCAUGUCGUCCACAUAUUGACAUCAAAAGACUGUGAAGGCGAAAUUCAGUUCUUGAGGGAACAAAGUGAUCUCGUCGAGGAUAUUGUGGAUGAAGUUGUACAUGCUUAUCAUCAUGGCUUCAACAAAGCAAUUCAAAAUUACUCCCAAAUCCUCCGAUUGUUUAGUGAAUCAACUGAAAGCAUUUCCGUCUUAAAAGUUGACAUGGCAGAAGCGAAGAAGCUUCUUGGAUCCCGGAAUAAGCAGUUGCGGCAAUUGUGGUACCGAUCUCUUACACUACGGCACAUACUAGCCCUGCUGGAUCAAAUUGAGAGUGUAGCAAAGGUUCCUGCACGCAUUGAGAAGUUGGUCGCAGAGAAACAAUUAUAUGCUGCAGUUCAAUUGCAUGUCCAGUCAAUGUUAAUGCUAGAGCGAGAAGGUCUUCAAGUGGUUGGUGCUCUUCAAGAUGUACGAUCAGAACUAACAAAGUUACGUGGAGUAUUGUUCUAUAAAAUUUUGGAAGAGCUUCAUAGUCAUCUUUACAGUAAGGGUGAAUACAGCUCUGCUACCUUAAACAUGCUAGAGGGAGAUGAGGCACUGACUACUGCUGCGAUUGGAUACUCACUGAACAGUACACAACCUCAGUCUAGGAGAACACGAUCUAUGAAAGGUGAUAAUCACUUCGGCGGACCGGCUUCAGUAGAUGGAUUUCUUAGAACAGGUUCUGUUGAUGGAAGUUCUUCAUUUGAUGGUCAUGAUGAUGAGAGCAGCUUGGAGAUGCAUGAAGGUGGUCCCACUGAGGGACAUAGGAAGGAUUAUAAAAGCAUAUCUCGUGAAAUUCCUUCUUGGCUUUCGAGUGCUACUCCAGAUGAAUUCCUGGAAUCAAUGAAAAAGAGUGAUGCCUCACUAAGUGUGAAAUACUUGCGGACGUUGGUAGAAUGCUUAUGCAUGCUUGGUAAAGUUGCUGCUGCUGGUGCUAUGAUAUGCCAAAGGCUACGUCCGACUAUCCACGAUAUUAUAACAUCAAAAAUAAAGGCAUACUCAGAACAAAGUUCAUCGAGGUCACGCAUAGGCCAAGCUUCCAAGACAAAUAAUUCAGAUCUGUAUUAUUCCAAGGGGCUUCUAGAGAGCUACCAACUGUCUAAACAGAAAGCUAAGAAUGGAACAUCCUUUCUGGGAACACAGUUAGCUAUUAGUCCCAUUUCUCCAGCAAUGACCCCGAUGGGAACUGCACAGUGCGCUGCAAGUGAACUUCUUAGUUCAGUAUUGGAGUCUAUUGUUCUUAUACUUGAAAACCACAUUAUUGUUGGUGAGCUCCUGGAAACUAAAUCAUCAACACAAGGUGACAGUAUAAACACUCCGAAGGUCUCGGUUAGUGAUGCAAACUGGAAUCCAGAUUCUGAAUCUAAUCAAGUUACUGGAGGCUUUAGUGUAGCCUUCUCCCUUACCGUCAUAAACAGUGAAUGCCAACAGCUCAUUUGUGAAAUUUUACGAGCAACCCCAGAAGCUGCUACUGCAGAUGCAGCUGUCCAGACGGCUCGACUUGCAAAUAAGGCCCCUGUGAAGGAGAAGAGGGAUGGAUCUGAGGGCCUUUCUUUUGCUUUUCGCUUCAUAGAUACAGCUGUUUCCGUGCCAAAUGAAGAUGUGUAUGUCGAUUUUCAUGUCAACGGGAGAGAAGGAUCGAAUUUUCAUAAACAACCUAAGAUGAAGGCCGGUCAAGGAUGGCGGAGGGGUCCAAAUGUACAACAAGAAGGAUAUGGAACUGCAGCAGUGCUUCCUGAUCAAGGGAUUUACCUAGCGGCAUCAGUUUAUCGCCCUAUUCUUCAGUUCACUGAUAAAAUUGGAGAGAUGCUACCUCAGAAAUACUCACAACUUGGGAAUGAUGGCUUAUUGGCAUUUGUGGAAAACUUUCUGAAGGAUCACUUUUUACCAGCAAUGUUUGUAGAUUACAGAAAAUCUGUCCAGCAGGCUAUAUCAAGUCCCGCAGCAUUCCGACCACGUGCUCAUCCAACUUCAGUUUAUAGUCCACUAGUUGAGAAGGGGCGUCCUGUAUUACAAGGACUAUUGGCUAUUGAUUCCCUAGCGAAAGAGGUGCUUGGCUGGGCUCAACUAAUGCCAAAAUAUGCAAGUGAACUUGUGGAGUAUGUGCACACAUUCUUGGAACGUACCCAUGAAAGAUGUCGAACUUCAUAUAUGGAGGCUGUUUUAGAAAAGCAAAGCUAUAUGCUUCUUGGAAGGAGUGAUGUUGAGAGUUUCAUGCGUCUAGACCCAGCAAAUGCUUGUUUACAAAGUUCUUCCGGACAAUCUUUUGAGAACAAUAUUCCUGAUGCUGAAACUGUUGAAGUAGAAAUUGAAAUGAGUGAUCUUUUGUUAAGUUUGCGUCCAAUUAAGCAGGAGAAUUUAAUCCAUGAUGAUCAGAAGCUUAUUUUGUUGGCGUCCCUAAGUGAUUCUUUGGAAUAUCUUGCAGAUUCAAUUGAAAGGCUUGGGGAGUCCUUCAUUAGGCCACCCACCAGUACAGAGGACAGAAAUCAUACUAAUCAAGCUCAUAAGCACACGAGGACAGCAAGUGCACUUCCUAAAAGCCUGGCUUCUCUUGCUACCGAGUAUAGAAAACUAGCAAUUGAUUGCUUGAAGGUCCUCCGAUUGGAAAUGCAAUUAGAGACAAUAUUCCACAUGCAGGAAAUGACCAACAGAGAGUAUCUAGAAGAUCAAGAUGCUGAGGAACCUGAUGAUUUUGUCAUUUCGCUAACUACUCUGAUUACACGUCGGGAUGAGGAAAUGGCUCCUUUUAUUGCCGAGUUGAAGAGGAAUUACAUUUUUGGCGGCAUAUGUAAUGUCGCAACUAAUGCAUCUAUAAAGGCACUUGCUGAAAUAAAAUCCAUUAACCUAUUGGGAGUCCAGCAAAUAUGCAGGAACUCCAUCGCACUGGAACAGGCUCUGGCAGCUAUACCAUCAAUAGAUAAUGACGCAGUCCAACAGAGAUUAGAUCGUGUCCGGACAUACUACGAACUGCUCAACUUACCCUUUGAGGCCUUGCUAGCAUUUAUCACGGAGCACGAGUACCUGUUCACAACCAAAGAGUAUUCGAGCCUCUUGAAGGUGAAUGUGCCGGGCCGGGAGGUCCCACCCGAUGCGGAGCAGCGAAUCUCCGAGAUCUUGGGCCAUUAGCUUCCCAAAAUAGAGAAACGAACAUAAUUUUUUCUAUUUUAGACAAGUGAUCUAGUAUCUAAAGCAUCGAUCCGGUGCUUUCGCAUUUUUCAUGGAUUGUUGGUAUUGAUUUUCUCCACUUGGAGGCUUCUCUUGCUUCUGUUUGUUUCCAUCAUUCUUUGAACUCUGUUUACUGUUAAGUUGUAUAAUGUUUGCUCUUCUUUGUAGCAUUAUGUGUUGUAGUUGUUCCAGUUUUUAGUUUGUAUAUGCAACUAAAUUCUAUCCGACGCAUUCCAUGUAAUAUUUUUUUUUUUGACUGUUCAAGAUUUCCAUUUUGUUGAAUGCGAACAUCCUAUAAGAGUUUGUAUAUAAGAGUUUUGUCGACGAAUUUACAAAAUA